ACUCAAACCUAAACCCCAACAAGCCCCCAGACACCACGUCACUCGUGUCACAAUACACAGCUUUGUGUAGAAAACAUUCCCAUUCUGGAUGUCAGACAAUCACAGACCGGUUUGGGCUGGAAGGGAAUUUAAGUUUAAAAUUCCAUGGGCAGGGACGCUUUCUCCUAUCCAUGGCAGAUAGCUUUUCUGCUAUCUGCUCCAAGCCCUGUCCAACCUGGCCACUUCAGGGAUAGAGCAGCCACAAACUCCCUGGAAAACCUGUGCCACGGCCUCCCCACCCUCCCGGGGGAGGAUUCAUUCCCGAUAUCCCAUGUCACGCCGUGUGACAUCCCGCUAUCCCGUGCCGUGCAGGGAUGCGCUGCCCCGCAGCACUCGGCCCGGAGCCCGCCCCGGCCGCCCCGCCCCGGCCGGCGCUUCCUGCGGGAGGAGGAAGCGGCUCCCGGGCCAUGGAGCUGCCGCCGAGCCACCUCUCGGCCGCCCGCGCCGCCGCCGCGGCCGUGGGCUACCUGCGGUACCUGCGGGGCGGCCCCGGGCGGGGGCUGCAGCUGCGGGAGCUGCGCCGCGCCCGCCGCCAGGACAUUGAUGAUGUGGGGCACAAGUACUACCUGGACCUGGAGCUGGAGGAUGUCCUGGAUAAAGACACGACUGUCCACUGCACUGCUGAGGUUCUGUACCACCUGGGCAGCAAAAGCUCUGCUCCAGAUGUGCAGGUCACAGUGCAGGGAGAGCUCAGGAGCACCGAGGGAGCAGACAAGGAAUUCUACAGUCGGAUCAGGAGCCUGGAAAAGGAGCUGGUGGCUGAGAACAUCCCAGACAGCCAUGGGAACGUUCCCCCAGAGCUGGAGCCCAUCCACCUGCUGGCCUGGGUGGCCUCUGGCUACGUGAUCUGGCAGAAUUCCACGGAAAACACCAAGUUCCACCUUGCCCAAGUGAAACACGUGAAGCAAGUGAAAAGAAGUGAUGAAGAUCUUCAGUUUGACUUUGUGGUUCUACUCCAUGAAAUGGUGUCCCAGGAGGUGCUGCCCUGGGAGGUGACCCUGCUGUGGCACCCCCAGCGUGGGGCCCGGGUGUCCCAGAGCCGCGCCGCGGGACAGGGGAGCUCCUGAGAACACCUGGAAACACCCCUGGGAACUCCUGAGCACCUCUGGGAACACCUGGGAGCUCCUGAGAACACCUGGGAGCUCCUGAGAACUCCUGGGAGCUCCUGAGAACUCCUGGAAACACCCCUGGGAACACCUGGGAGCUCCUGAGAACAUCUGGGAACACCUGAGCACCUCUGGAAACUCCUGAGAACACCUGGGAACAACCCCAGGGACACCUGAGCACCUCUGGAAACUGAGAACACCUGAGCACCCCUGGGAACACCCCUGGGAACUCCUGAGCACCCCUGAGAACACCUGGGAGCUCCUGAGCACCCCUGGGGACACCCCUGAGACCACCUGAGCACCCCUGGAAACUCCUGAGGAACACCCCUGAGAACACCUGAGCACCCUUGGGAACACUCCCAGGAACACCCCUGGGAACUCCUGAGCACCCCUCAGAACACCUGGGAGCUCCUGAGCACCUCUGGAAACUCCUGAGAACACCUGAGCACCUCUGGGAACACCUGGGAGCUCCUGAGCACCCCUGGGAACUCCUGAGCACCCCUGGGAACACUUCAGAGCUCCCACAGCUGGGAGGAGCAGCUGAUGGAGUGGGGACCAACCACAGUACAAGACAUGAAAUGAAACCUUCCUGGGCACUUCUGAUCCCAGCAUUCCAAAGGGACUUCCCCUGCCUCCAAGGGGAUCAAUGCAGCAAUUCCCAGCAGGAGUACUCACGGCACAGGGGCACAGAUGUUCUCCCUGAAGGCAACUUUGGGCUUCCCCAUGGUGCAAGGACAGCCAUAUUCCCUCUCCAUUCUCUGCAGGAAAAAACCCACAGUGAUUAAGGUUAUUCCAUUGGGAAUUAUUUAGUAACUUGAUCAGGAUUAAUCAUUUCUUUGGUUGAGGGUUGGAUUGAUUUUUGGGGCUUUCUGUAAUUUAAAAAAAAUUAACAAAUUAUUCCCCAUCAACUUCUUUAAGACCUGCAGCUUCAUAUGCAGGAAAAGGAAACAGCAUUAAUUAUGUUAUUAAAAUUCAAGUUUUUUCAAGGUAAAAAUCACUUUUUCUUCAUUCUGUUAAUAUUUAAGAUACAUCUUUUUGUGUUUAGAUUAAAAUAUAGACAUCAGCUGGAAAGAAACAAAUCCCCCUAACUAGUCCUUUUUCCCUGCACCAGCUAUUAUUAGGGAAUGAUACAUUUAAAACCACAGAAUUACAAUUAGGCAUUAUUAAUUGUUAUAAGCAAAGGCUACUAGAGCAAAGUUAGUGUUUAAUAAAUUUUAUGGGUUGUACCAAAUCCUAAAAAUAUUCCAGGCAAAAUUUCCUUUUAGAAGCCUUCAGAAUGGAACCACUGGAGAGAAAGAACCUUCAAUAGUUGACUUUAAAGUUCACUUUUUCCCUAAGCAGCUGGAUGGAGUAGGGAGGAGGAAGAUGAGAUGGGAAAAGCAGGCAGAAGUGAAUCCAUGGGAUGUGCUUCCCAAAUUACCUGGGCAUAGAUUUCCAGGUGCAGCUCGCCCAUCCCAGAGACAAUGGUCUCCUUGCUCUCCUCAUCAAAGUGGAUCCUGAAGGUGGGAUCUUCCCUGGUGAAGCGGCCCAGGCCUUUGGAAAAUUUAUCCAGGUCAUUCUGAAACACAAGCCAAGAUUCACUCAACAUCCAUGAGUCAUUCCAAGAAAAAAGCCUUAAGUUUUCCCACCACUUUCCCAUUUCUGCUCUUUGGGUUAUUUUAUGAAGACUUAUAACUCUUGAUUAAAGUGUUAAUUAUUUAUUUCAA